UUGAUAACUAAUGUUCGUAUCUUGAAAACGUUUUGUUAGAUUGCCAAUGUCUUAAAUGUUGCCUACUGGUAUAUUCGUGAGACCAUUCGAAGAAUGGAUACCGGUAUUUAAAUACAAUAAUAUUGAUAAGUGCUUUAUCUGGAUUGAUACGUUUUAAAGGAUAAAAUAACAGAAAUGUCCACCGUACAGACAUGGACACUGUGGCAGCGGCUGCCACCUCGAUACCAGCUCACCACCAAGACAUUCGUAGACGACGCCGACGAACAAUUCGCCGUCGGCUCCUCCAGCGACCGCACCUUAACGCCAAAGAAAGUCGCCUCCCCGCGACCGUUUUCCGCUAGAGCGGGCGGGCCUCAAAAUGAAAGUCGACCACAAUCGAGGCGCGGGAUCCAUUCGUCUAAGCGGGAUGCGGACGCACAAAAAGCGCCGUCUGGUGGCAACCAACAUAGUUCUGCUCUAAGUGAGAAUUUUAUGCUAUCGAGCAACGUAACGGAAGACGCGCGGGCAGAGCUGAGUAACUCACUAAUUCAAACAAAAAAUGCCGCAUCGUUUCCGAAAAGGAAUUCUGAUUACGUGACAACAUUUCAGAAACAACGUCGCGUGAAUUCUGCGCGCCGACGAUUUGCAGAGGCUCCUGUAACUACCAAAAUAUCGGCGACUCACCUUCUCGCCGAUGGAGCGACGUCGCCACGCGCGCAUACUGCUCCCGUAUUUCCUGUCACCAGCGCCGAGACUUUGAAGACGAGCAAACAAAAGCAGAUGCACACCACGCCACCGUCACAGGAGGCCAAACAUGUCUUCAUCAGGCAGAACAGCAUCAAGCAAACAAAAUACACGACCGAGCCUAGCAAGGUGGAUAUAUUUCAAUUUGACGAUGCAAAGUCCAUGUCAAGUGGUUCCAGUGGAAUAGUUAACGCGCGUGAUCUGGAUCUAAAACAAUCCAAGGCAAAAAAAUACGUCGUUCAGGACACUAGCCGCGCCACUGUGUAUAUAGAUAACGGAAAGGUGAUGUACUUCGGGAAAUCACGGCACGAUCUGACACAGUUCCUAAAAACUCAGACCCUGAGAGCGGACCGGGGCAACUGCUUUCUGGCGGAGCUUCGACGAGACUAUCUCAAACACCCGAAGUAUGAAACUGGUGGCGCACAUAAAUUGAGAAAAACGUUCGAAACGGAUCCGCGGCGAAUCGCGCACGAGCGAGUCGAUUAUAACAGACGGGUAGAACAUAUCCUUAGUUAUUACGAUGAAAACAAUCCAUAUGGAACGCCGCAAUCACGACCAAAUUCCGGUCAAAGGUCAAAGUCCCCACAGGGGUCACGAUUUAAGGGUCUCUCUUUGACCCCCGCUGCUGCGGCCCCUUCUCGACCGCCAUCCCGGGCUAGUUCGCCUGUACCAGAAAUAACGGAUCCUGCAUCCGGGGAUUUUAUUCUCCUUAACAAGCAGUCGAAAUUGCAUGAGCGCCAGUUCUAUUUGCGCACACCCGGCAUGCAACACACCGGAAACAGUAAUGCGGAUACGGAGAAGUGUAAAUGCAGCAUGUGCCGGAUGGAGCUUCAGAUGGCGCUUGUUACAGGCGUCGGACCUGGCUUGAAAGUAACAGCAAAAAACAUCAUAUUUGAUCAGAAGGAUACACGUAAAGAGGAAAUGACUCCCGGUUCCACAUAUAUAUCUAGGACAAUGAACAGCAAAACGGCAGGUCAGAGAGUUACGUUUCAGCAACCUGAGAAUUCCACAAAGGGGAAGGCAAGUGAUUUUCGAGUUACAAUUAACUGUAAGUUACCGGAAGUGGCUGUGAGCGAGUCAGGAUUCGAGAGUUCCAGAACAGUGGACGGGGCCUCCACAUGCCCUGAUGACGUCGAGAAUACCACGUGACGUCUCGAGUGGACGUUGGGGAUAUUAAUUUAUUUUGAUUAGUAGAUGUAGUUCGUAGCAGAUCUUAUUCUAUGACCAUUUUAUAUUCGAUAUAAAAUCUAUCAGUUAAAUGUGUUAAUCAUUACAUCUUAAAAACUUGUUUGGAAACACUCUCAUCAAUUCGUCAAAGUCUGCUUUUCUUCUUUAAAACUCUGUCAAUAAUAGAUCAUUUGAGCCAAGUUCUGCGGGAAAAAGAGGAUUUAAUGCAUGUGCGUAAACUGUCGUCUCCGAUUAGAUUGUGCAGUCCGCACUGGCUUAUCAGGGACGACACUUAACGCUCUUGUGGUAUUUUUCGUAUAAAGGAAGUCUCUUCUUAGCAAAAAUCAAGUACAGCGAAAAGUGUCGUCCCAGAUUAGUCUGUGCAGACUCUUCACGCACCUGCAUUUAGUCCAGUUUUCCUCAUGGAAUCCAAGCCCUUCAGUGCACUGUGUACAGUGCCAUAUAAGUAUUCUAAUUAAAUAAAUCCUUAAUUUGUCACCACAUUAACUGUUAUGAAAGACGUGUCAUUGUUAUAUUAUUUUAAUGUAUUUGCUAGAUUAUUUUAUAAUGUUUGACUUGUAUUGUUUACAAUAUGAAUAAAACUACAAACGGAAAAGCGCUAUAGUUACAUAAAUUAUUUCUGUAUUAGAUAACCAUA